AACGCUCUAUAUAAACUUAUGAACUUUAUAUGUCCCUAGACAACUUGGUAAUGAGUUUCGAAGAACAGAUAAUAAAAAAGUUUUUACUAUACUAUCAUUAUCUGACAUGUAGCCGUAUUAAUAAAUGAUGUCAUCCAUCUCAAGUAAAUAACAAUGUCUUAGCAUAUUAGUUAUUGAUUUACAAUCAUGCGGGCAUUCCCUUUUUCUGAGUAACGGUUUGGCGUCGGGGAAAGAACCUAUGUUUCCUCAAAGGCACGUAUAAAUACUCAUACAUCCCAGACGUUGUUUAUAUUGAGUAGAGACUUCAACCAGUAACAAAGAUGUUGCGAGGAACAAGUAUAUUGUUGGGCUGCGUGCUCUUAGUCUUUAUUGCGGAGAGUUCGAGUCAAAGGAUUACGCCUGCUGUUUAUAGAAGACCGCUACCACCUCCAUCGCCUCCGAAAACAAUUAGAGCGAGAAGAGAUAUCAAUGAGGAGCCGUUGUGGCUGUACAAAGGGGAUGAUAUAAACAGAGCACCAGCGACCGGUGACCAUCCAUAUUUGCCGCCCUACAUAGAUGAUAUCAAACUGGACCCUAAUACACGAUACACUCGUAGUGUGGACUCUCCUAGUGCAAAGCGUGGAGGCGGUAGCCAUUCAACAUCUAGUAGCAGCAGAAACACUGGACCAAACCACCCUGGAUAUAAUCGUCGCAACGCACGGUCUAUACAUACACCAUCACCUUUCACUGUCCCAUCACCAACUUUCCCAAGGCCCACUAACCCAUUCCCACGGCCGGAGCUCCCUGGUCCCAGACCUAUCUUUCCUGUAUAUGCAAGACACGCACGUGAUGUACAACUAAGUGGACCGCUGCAGAAGCCUACUCAUUACGACAUUACAUUCACUGGUUUUAACCCCAAUGCCCGGGUGCAGCCUUGGCAAAAGGUCAAAGUGAGAACUGGUCGUGACAUACACGAGGACAUCGACGAAGAUGAAAUCGAGGAGUUCGCUUUUGAAAGUACAGACGUAUAGGUUUUUUUUAUGCACUUAAUUUGUAAAUAUUACCUUGUUGAUUUUACCAUAUUCUGUCAAUGAUUAAUUAAAAUAUUAUUUAUAACGCUUAAUUUUUUUUUAUUCGGUUCAACUAAUACAAUUCUGUAACUUGUUAAAUAUUUUUUUUUUUAAUUUACUGGCAGAUGUUAAUUUUUAGAAGCUAUGUUUUCACUUUAUGUGUUCUUUCAUGACAUAAUGUACCAAAAGACGAAUGAU